ACAACACAUUUUCAUACAACCAGAAAAAUGGAAUUUAUUUUGCUCAGAGCCGUUAUACUUCUGGAAGUUUAACUUUUAACAUGAAGUUUAAUAGAUUUAGUUUUGAGAGAAGGAUUCUUUAUCUUUAUCGAAAUUAUUAUUAUAAGUAUGCUGCAAAGAUAGACAUUAGUCAUAAUAUCUUCAACAACAACAAGGAAACAUCUGAAACAUUGAUUGAACUUGUCCUGAGGGAUGAAGAUUCUGUAGAUCUAGUUGAGAACACUUUUAUUAAUAACACUGCAAAAGAUAUUUUAACAAUUUCUGUCAACCCAUCUUCUGCAAGUUCUGUGUCAAAAAAUGAGAUUAGAAUUUUUGACAAUAUAUUCAAGGACAAUACUUUUACAGACUCUUGUCUUAAUCUUAAAUCCUAUCAUGUUGUAUCUGUGAAUAGAAACACCUUUAUGAAUCGUCAAACCACUGGUAUGUGUGAGCUACAAGCCCCUGUUUUUGAUGAGACAUACUCAAUCAAUGCCACACAUAAUUAUUGGGGAAGUAGUAGUUUGGUUGAUGUAGUAGAAAUGGUAUGUGGUUUUGACAGAUCGAUGGAAAAAAGUUAUGUGUAUUAUCUGCCGUUCUCCACUAGUGAAGAAAAUAAUGACUUUGUAGCCUAUGCUCAAGAUGAUUUUGAUGUACAGAAUGUCUUAGGUGGGGAAAUCACAGGAACGUUUACUAUUGAAUACACAGAGGAGGCAAAGAGAAUUAGCCGCUCUUUAUUUGUAAGGACAAAUGCCUCAUUGCAUAUAGAAAAUGGAAUAAAGAUGCAGUUUGAUGAUAAACGUGGGAUAUAUAUACAAGGUAAUCUGAAUAUUGAAGCUGGAGAAAGUGAAUCUUUGUUUACAAAUGGAUCAGUUUCAAGUUUAUGGUAUGGUAUUGUCUUUUCUUCAAAAGAUACUGGUUAUUUUAAACUCCAUGAUGCUUACAUCAGCAAUACAGAGAUUGGAAUACAGUCAAAAGAUAAAUUUUUAGAUUUGAAAAACAUUACCAUUAACAACAGUUCCGGUGCAUGUUUGUCGAUGCUUUCAGGUGCCGAAGGAAAUUUUGACCUUGAAGGAAGUUUAUUCAAUAAUUGUUUAAACCAUGGUCUUUUUCUAUCCAAAUAUAUUAAUGCUUCAUUUACUGCACUAGAUAUAUCAUCUUCAUAUGAAGGAAUACAACUUAUAACUGAUCAAACUGGACAUUUAACUUUGCAUAAAAUUGGGAUAAAGAAAUCGUCACUAUUUGCAGUUCAUGUAGAAUUUAGACACCGUACUAAUGCAGGAAAUAUUACAAUACAUGACAUGGAAGUGACCGAUUCCCAGACAGGUUUUCAGUUGAUAGUUGAUAAUUACUACUCUCCUAACAGCAUUAAAAUUAGAGACAACUCUUUUAAUAAUAUCUCAAGGAAUGCCGUGCAAAUCAACGUACCUAAUUACCGAAGAACUUACUAUGGCAGUCAAAAUGGAGCACAAAGGUUUGUUGAUAUUGGAUACAACACAUUUACUGAAACCUGUGGAAUUACCUUGAAUACUUGGGACAGUGUUAAUAUUAGUUUCCAUGACAAUGAUUUCACAGGAAGUUCAUGUCCAACAAUUGAUAAGUGUUUCGUCAGUAUUUCUGCAGAUGGAUUCCGUGACAUAUCGUAUCAUGUUUUUGACAUAUUUACGAACAAAUUCAUGGGAAUAAAUGGUUAUUGUGUUAUAGAGUUAAAAAGCCACAGUCAUUUUGCAUAUCCUAAGGGAACAGUGCAGUUUAAUAAUUUUAUCCUGAAUGAAGUAUCUCGUGGUGUAGUGGUUCUAGAUACGUCAUACUUUAAUAUUUCUCAGAACAUCUUUGACAACCAUGAUUCUACAUUUGAUUUCUAUACUACUGGAUCAGGAGAUGACACAGUUAAUGCUACAAGGAAUUGGUUUGGUAACAUGACGCUGUCACUGGUUUAUGAUCGAAUCUAUGACAGAAGACAAGACCCAAAUCUAAUGUCUGUGACUGUUGCACCAUUAUUACUAGAAUGGACAUUAGAUUGCUCUCUUGUGAACAACUGCAGCAAUCAAGGACAAUGUGUCAGCCCAAACAGAUGCAGGUGUUUUUCAGGUUGGAUAGGAAAAAACUGUACUGAGUAUGACUGUUCCGAUGUAAAUCAUUGUUAUGGAAAUGGACAAUGUGUUGGACCAAACAAAUGUGAUUGUCAUUCAGGCUGGGAAGGUGAUACAUGCAUUGUAGCUUUAUGUAUUGAUGUUAAGAAUUGUAGUGGGCAUGGGAUAUGUCUGAGACCAGGAGUGUGCAAAUGUGCAUCAAAGUUUAAUGGUGAAGACUGUAGUCAGUGUGUUCCAUUACACUGGGGACCUUUCUGUAGUCAAUGUCCAGAUUGUCAACAUGGAACUUGCAAUCUUACAACAGGUAUGUGUGAUUGUAUUGGUGUCAACUGGUCAGGCUACUUGUGUGACAAGUGCAGUGAGACUUACUAUGGUCCUGACUGUCUCCCCUUGAUAAUGGUUUUACAAGUAGUACCCAAUCAAGGAUCAGACAAAGGAGGUACAGUGGUUCAUGUAUUGGGACACAAUUUCCCGGACUUGAUAGGGCAUAUGUACAUUUGUAAAUUUGGUUCAGAGAGAGUCAAUGGAACAUGGAAAGCUUGGAACCAUGUCGCGUGUACUGCACCACAGCAUGAAGGAGGAAGCGUAUUCCUUGAAGUAUCACCUAAUGGUACAGAUUUUACGAAUAAUAAGAUAAUGUUUACAUAUUAUGCAACAUGCCCACAAGGAGCUUGUGGACGUCACCUAGAGCCUCCUAGAGGUCAGUGUUUGUUUGGUGGAUGUUCUUGUAACUUGCCAUGGACGGGAGAUGGAUGUACAAUAGAACUGUUAGCUCCAAAGAUAAUGCCACAAGAAGAAUCUCAGUAUGUUGUGGAAGGAACUAAAUACCAGUAUGGUUUGAACUUGACUCAGGGAAGUUUACCUGUAAUUUGGGCUCUUAAUCAGUAUCCUGUUGGUAUGACUAUUGAUGAAAGAACUGGACAUGUGCAAUGGGGUUUUACAAUAUCUACUCUGACACACCAUAUGAUCACUGCUACAGUAACCAAUAUCAUAGGAAAAGAUGUUGUGUCAUGGCAGUUAUUAGUGUCUAUUUCCUAUUCAGCCUCCGUUACAAAAAUAGAACCAGAAGGAAUAUUACCAGUGCCUACCACUGUUACAAUAAUGGGAAAGGUGACUUUCAACAAUUUAGUACAACCAAAAGUUGUUCCAGUUGAUGUAAGAGUAGUCAGCUCAUACAGUAAAAGAAUUAGAGUUCUGCCUGCGCUGACUGACCCAUUAUCUUCUAGUAGUUUUUUUGCCACAUAUCAUCCUUAUCCAGAUGAUGUAGGAAUCAUAUCAGCAGUUGCUAGUCACCCAGUGGAACCAUCAAGAAAUGGAUCAUUUAAUUGGACAGUACUGGGAAUGAGAUGUGUGCCACAUUAUGUAACAUGGAAUGCUGUCAUAGAAAAUAACACUGUUGUAUUCAAAAAUAUAACAUCCUUAGUAAAUGUAGGGGAGCAACAUAUUUUCAGUAUCUCCAGUCGUGUAGAUGGAAUUUAUGGAACCUAUUUCCAGUCAGCAAAGAUGUCAAGUACUGUCAAAAAUAUUUUCUUGGAUUCCUUUGAUGCCUUUGAAACUUAUACAUUUGAUUUUAUUGUGACAGAAGCCCGACCACUGAAUGGACGAAUUUAUAUAAUAUUUUCAACUCCAGAAGGAACAGAAACAAGGCUUCAAGUGAACAUGCAAUUCUCAAUACGUAAACCACUGCUUGUAUUCACACCUGCUACACUAAGAGAAAACAUUGUACGUGGAACUCAGAAAAUACUAGAUGUUCAGGUUCACAAUGAUGGGGAAGUUGCUGCGACGAAUGUCAAAGUAUCUCUUCCAAAUGAUAACAGACUUUCCCUGGUUUCGUUUGCAACAAUUGGCAGUCUAGACAGCAAUGAAAACAAUAAUGGGAUCACGAUAGGUCCAAAUGAAAUAGCCAUGAUGUCUUUAGUUGUCACAACUGGUUUAAAUGAUGGAUUGGGGGAGAUGAGAGGUACCAUAGUUUUGAACACAGAUCUAACAGUAGCAUCGAUAUCCUAUAGAUUUUAUAUCACAUCAAUAAUAAAGCUGAAUCUGACUAUUACGAUGAAAGAUGAGUAUACAUACUUUGCAUCUGGUGCACCACUGGUGAGUGGAGCUGAAGUUCGAUUAAUUAAUCCGAGAAGACAAUAUUCAGAGAAAAGAUUCACAACAAAUGAGACAGGAUUUGUAAUAUUUGAAGAUAUACACGAAGACCAGUAUACUCUUUAUGCACAAGCAGUGGGUCAUAGUUCAUAUUCAGCUGUCAUCAUAGCAUCAUCUGACAGUGAUAAACAGGAAGUUUUCUUGCAACGGAUAGCUGUAAAAUACACCUGGACAGUAACACCAACUACAGUCCAAGAUAAAUAUGUCAUCACAUUGGAAUCUACUUUUGAAACUCAUGUCCCAAUGCCAGUAGUUACAGUAGACCCUGCAAAGGUGAAUACUAUUCCAUAUGAAUUGGGUGAAGAAGAUACCCUCGAGUUUACUAUUACUAAUCACGGGUUGAUCAGAGCCGAUGAUGUCAGAUUUGCUUUGCCUUUAAACCAUGCUUAUCUCAAUUUCAAUAUGACUGUUGAUGAGAUUGGCAGCGUCCCAGCAAACACGUCAAUCAAAGUAUUGAUUUUAGUGACACCAAAGAAUACAAGAAAGAAAAGAAGUUUAAUUGCAGCUUCAGUAUGUGGAAUGGCUGUAUUGUAUGACUAUAUAUGUGGCAGUAAACAGACAAGAAAUCUUGACAUAACAUUAACACGAGAAUAUCCUGGCCGACCACCUCUUCCAUGUGGUAGAGGUGGUGGUGGGAGAGAUGGUGGUGGUGCAGAAGGAGGAGGAGUAUCUUAUUCUGGGGGAUAUUCUGGAACAGGAUCUGGAUCAUCAAUAACAUAUAAUCCUGUGACACCACUUUCAUGUGACUGUGCAGCUACUUUGAUUAAAAGUUGUGCUUUGGGUUUUCAUCCUAUUGCAGGAUGUGGGCUAGCUUUAUCAUCUUUGGCAACAUCAUUUAGUGAUGAUAGAACUGGAGGAAGUGCACUGAUUGGUACACUGAACGCUGGACUUGGACUAAUUGAUACAUUUUUUGGUUGUGUAGCAGGGUUUUUAGGUCCUGCUGGCAGCAUUGUCUCAACGCUUUACACAGCUGCUAGAUGUCUGGUUGAUGUGGCUAAUGAUUGUGAGAAUGGUGGAAGGAGAAGACGUGAUGUUAGUAGUGAAGUUGUAAACAAUUUGUUAGAUGCUGCCAAGCCUGUUGAUAAUUUUCUGUCUAUGAUGCAGCAGAUUCUUAAUGAUGAAAACAUGUAUGAUGUUGAUUCCUCAUGGUAUGGAACAUUUAGAACAGUUGUAUCUGAUGAAAGCCCAUUAGGAGUGCAGCUAUCAUCAGAUGAAUUAAGCAAUAUACUAAGUACGAUUAACGACGAAACACAAAAAUCUACGUUGAAUAAAUUCUUAGAAAGAUGGAACAACACAGCCACAGCAUGGAAGGAUGGAACAUUAAACACACUUGACGGUACUGCUGAUGUUAUCAUCUUAAAGAAUCUUAGUUCAAGAAUUCAACAAUACAUUAAUGAUUUCAAGAGCGCUAAGACAAAGGGAUUUGACACAAUAUUUGAUGUUUUCGACCAUGCAACAAAAACAUACAAAACAGCUGAACAAGAAGCUCAGAGUGGAAGUAGUGGAGGUUCGAGUGAAUCUGUUUGUGCAAAGGUGCGAGUAAGAAUUGUCCAGGAAUUAGUUCUCACACGUGAUGCUUUCAAUGCUAGAUUGGAGAUAGAAAAUGGAGAAACUUCUGCAUUGGAAAAUAUAAUGGUGGAGAUAAAAAUUACUCAAACAUAUGGAAAUGGAGAGUCUUCUCAGGAUAAGUUUUCCAUAGGUAAACCGUCUUUGAUAGGAAUAUCUGGUGUAGAUGGAAAAGGGAUCCUAGGAAAAGAUUUGUCAGGGUCAGCUGAAUGGUUAAUGAUUCCAUAUUCUACAGCAGCACCACAAGAGGAUACAUUGUAUGAUGUUGGAGGUCGGUUAUCAUACAGAGUUGGUGGUUCAAACUUCUCUGUUCCUUUGCUACCAGACACUAUAACUGUAAAACCUAAUCCUAGUUUGGUGGUGCAUUAUUUCCAUGAAAAAUAUGUAAGAGGAGAUGAUCCAUUAACAACAGAUUUUGCUGAGCCAAUUGUUCCAUUUAGUUUAGCAGUGUCUGUAAUGAAUGAUGGCUUUGGAACGGCACGGGCUCUGCGCAUAUCAUCUGCUCAGCCAGAAAUCAUUGAAAAUGAAAAAGUUCCAUCUACAGACAUUGCAAGCACAGUAUCAACACCACUUACUUCAGAUAGAACUAGCUCUACUACUAAAUAUGCAAAGUCAUCUUCUGCAGAAGAGACAGUGGGAGGUGAAACAAGUACAGGAUCUAUUGAAAUUUAUACAUCAGAAUCUCAAGCCACGCCUACGAUCACUGCAGGAUAUACUACUGAAUCAUCUAUACCUGCUGGACAGACAAACAACAAAUAUACCACAUCUACUGUUACAGCUAAACCUACCACUGUAAAGCUAAAGGACCUGAAAAAGAUGUUAAAAGUUGAGUAUGCUGCAAACUUCAAACAACCUACUACAACUUAUUUACCAUGA